AUGGCUCAUCUGAUUUUACACGGGUCGGGCACAAAUAAAAAUGUCUUGAAGGGGCGAAUUACAGCUGAAUACAGUGGUGUUGCUAUUGAAGUGGUCCAGAAUGCCACACAGACUCCCGAGUUUCUUAAGAUGAACCCAAUUGGAAAGGUUCCUCUUUGCAAACCUGUAUGCAAUUUACUGUUUUCUGCUUUUACUUCAGUUGCUCGCUUGAAGGAAGGCAAUCCUCUCUUGGGUUCAUCCUUGAUUGAAUAUGGUCAUAUUGAGCAAUGGAUUGAUUUUUCCUCAUUGGAGAUCGAUGCUAAUAUUUACCGUUGGUUGUAUCCCCGAUUUGGUCAUGCUCCAUAUAUACCACUGGUUGAGGAAGCUUCCAUUGCUGCUCUAAAGAGGGCGUUGACUGCUCUGAACUCGUAUCUUGCUUCUAACACUUAUCUGGUUGGACAUGGUGUUACACUUGCUGAUAUAAUCAUGACAUGCAAUUUGGCAAUGGGGUUCCUUUAUCUCAUGACUAAGAGCUUUACUUCGGAGUUCCCCCAUGUUGAAAGAUAUUAUUGGACGAUGGUUAACCAGCCAGCUUUCUUCAAAUUAUUGGGCGAGGUAAAGCAAGCUGAAUCUGUUCCUCCAGUUCCAUCUGCAAAAAGUCCUGCUCCGACUAAUGAAGCAACAAAAUCGAAGGAAGAAAGUGAACCAAAGACUCAGUCUGGCAAGCCUAUAGCAGAAGAAACCCCUGGGGAGGAUGAGGCACCAAAGCCUAAGGCAAAGAAUCCUCUCGAUUUGCUUUCCCCUAGUAAGAUGAUCUUGGAUGAGUGGGAGAGGCUUUACUCAAAUACCAAAACCAAUUUCCGUGAAGUAGCUAUCAAAGGCUUUUGGGACCUGUACGAUCCAGAGGGAUACUCUCUGUGGUUCUGCGAAAACAAAUACAAUGAGGAGAACACCGUCUCUUUCGUCACAUUGAACAAGGUUGGUGGUUUUUUGCAGCGUAUGGAUUUAGCUCGCAAAUAUGCAUUUGGAAAAAUGCUUAUUAUAGGUUCAGAGGCGCCCUUCAAGGUGAAGGGAUUAUGGUUGUUCCGUGGGCCAGAGAUACCCCAGUUCAUUAUGGAUGAAUGCUAUGAUAUGGAACUGUACGAGUGGACAAAGGUUGAUAUUGCUGAUGAAAACCAGAAGGAAAGGGUGAAUCAAAUGAUAGAAGAUCAAGAACCUUUUGAGGGGGAGGCACUGUUGGAUGCCAAGUGUUUCAAGUGAUGCAUUGCCUUUUCAUAUCUUUUCUGGAUUCUGGAGAAAGCUAAGUAUUACGUUCCUCUGAGAGUAACUAUAUUUCUUGGUGUUUUUUUGAGGUUUGUGUGAUAUUGGUAGUUUAGUUUUGUGUAGUUCUAUUGUUUGGCCUGGAGAUGCGUUGUUGUUUUUUGCAAACUUCUCUAGUAUAUAUAUCGCGUGCAUAC